AUGUCUGAGGUUGGGAAUGUGUUCCCACUGCAGACUGUGAUGGUGCAGUGUGGAGAGCACAACCUGCUGGUCAGGGCCCAGCUGGAUUUAUUUGGAACCGGGCACCUGAUUAAAGCUGCUGACCUGACCCUGGGGACAGCAGGUUGUCAGCCAACCAGGGUCUACCCUGAGAACCAGACUGUCCUCUUUGACUAUGGGCUGCAUGAGUGUGGUAGUAGAUUGCAGAUGACUGGAGAUUUCCUGGUCUACACCACUCACCUGACCCACAUCCCAAACUAUCCUGGAUCUGUCAUCGUGAGAACAAAUGGAGCUGUUGUUCCCAUUGAAUGUCGGUAUUUCAGGAAGGGCAAUGUGAGUAGCAAUCCCAUCAAGCCCACCUGGAUCCCAUUCAGCUCCACCAGGUCUGGAGAAGGGCAUCUGUCAUUCUCUCUGCGUCUAAUGAAUGGUGAUUGGCUUACAGAGCGCACUUCCACUGUCUACUCACUGGGAGACCUCAUUCACAUUGAGGCAUCUGUUUCACUGGCCAACCAUGUGUCCCUGAAGCUGUACAUUGAUCGCUGUGUAGCUACACUGAGCCCAGACAAGGACUCCACACCAAGAUACAGCAUCAUUGACUACAAUGGUUGCCUCCUGGACAGCAAAGCUGAGGACUCCUUUUCAACCUUUGUGUUGCCGAGAGACGGGCGGAAGCCGGACAAGCUCCAGUUUGACCUGGAUGCCUUCCGUUUCAAUGGAGAUGAGCGUUCCUUGAUAUUCAUCACCUGUCACCUGAGAGUUGCUGCAGUGGAUCAGGGAGAUUCCAGGAACAAAGCUUGUACUUUCCAGAAGCUGGAGCGUAUCUGGAGGCCAUUGGAGGGGUCAGACAGUGACAUCUGUGCCUGUUGCCAUGUGGGGAAUUGUGGGAGCACAAGGGAGAUCCUGAUCCCUUUCAGAGGAAGGAGAGACCUUGCUACUGAAGCAGGUGUGGAGUCAGAGCUGGUUGUGAUGGUGGUCCUGACUGUGACAGCUGUCUGUCUGAUCUCGGCUUCAUUGCUGGCCUUCCUCCUGUACAGGAGACACAAGCAAACACCCAUCAACUGGUGA